CCGUCCCGCCAUUACUGGCAUGGAGGGCGAGAGCACCUCGGCCCUGCUCUCGGGCUUCGUGUUCGGCGCCCUCACCUUCCAGCACCUCAGCACCGACUCGGACACGGUUUUCUCCUUGGAGAUGUGAAAGGUGAAGCCAAGAACAGCAUCACAGACUCACAAAUGGAUGAUGUUGAAGUUGUUUAUACAAUCGACAUACAGAAGCAUAUUCCAUGCUACCAGUUGUUCAGCUUUUAUAAUUCUGCAGGAGAAUUGAAUGAACUUGCCCUGAAGAAAAUACUAUCAGGCUGUAUGAAGAGUGUAAUAGGAUGGUACAAAUUCAGACGUAACACAGACCAGACCAUGACAUUCCGGGAAAGAGUUCUUCAUAAAAACCUGCAGUCACACCUAUCAAAUCAGGGGCUUGUAUUCCUCCUUUUAACCUCUAGCGUGAUGACAGAAAGCUGUUCUACUUACAGAUUAGAACAUGCUCUACAUCGGCCUCAGGAAGGACUUUUCCAGAAAGUCCCUUUGGUGGUUACCAACUUGGGCAUGGGAGAACAGCAAGGUUACAGAACAGUGUCCGGUUCCUGUGUAUCCUCUGGUUUUGUGAGAGCCAUGAGACAACACAGGUCAGAAUUCUUUCAUGAAGAUGGGUCCCUACAAGAGGUUCAUAAGAUAAAUGAGAUGUACGCCACCUUGCAGGAGGAACUGAAGAAAAUAUGCAUUACAGUAGAAGUCAGUGAACGAUCUGUAGAGAAACUCUUAGCAGACGUGAGCAAAUUAAAAGAAGAAAUAAAGAGGAAAAAGCAAAAAAAUUGUUCAGGAGAAGACAAAAACCACCCAGCAGAGCCAAAGGAGAAUGUUCUCCUUUGCCAGGCACUACAAACAUUUUUCCCCAAUUCCAGACUUCAGACAUGCAUUAUUAAUUUCAAAGGCCAACAGAUAUCCAAGAACUGCUGUAACACAGACCAUCAUAUUAAUGUCAUGGACAAACUGACUCUCAUGGUAGAGGAAAGAGACUUCACUGAAGCUGAAACAAAGCAUCCAAGCAAGCGUAAGGUCAGGGAGACCACCUCAGUUUCAAAGUCAUUCAAAAAGUCCAGAUCAUUGCAGCUUCACCAAGAACCACUUGAAGACCAAGAGGACAGUGAUCAGGAAAGGAAGCUUACACUGAGUAGCACUGAAACAGAUGAGGAUGUGUUUGAAAAAACCAGAGAUGGAAAGAAAUACCCACACUCUCCUAUUUUCUGAUCUGUCAGAUGACUUCAAGCUAAAAACUACUGCUGGUGUAUUCCAGCAGUAUGUAUCAAUCUCUAGCACUGCAAGGAUGUAUGUAACAGGGCAUUUUUGCAGGUUGCUUUUUUUUCUCCCAGUGCACGAAUCCUGUUCAGCAUAAAGACAAAUUUAAGAUGACAUUCCCUUUGCCUUCCAGAGUUCCAUCUGUCUUCUCUCUCUCAGGGUUCAAAGCCUAUGCUACAGGAUGCUAUCAGUCAGAUAAGCAUGUCAUAUGCUGUCUCAAAGUGAACAACUUCAAGCUGCUGGUGAAGAAAUAGUGCUACCCUCCUGAUGGAGGGAGCAUCAAAUGAACGUGUUACAGAAUUAGCUGUCUACAUUAACUGCCACAGUUUAAAUACAUUAAUUUAUCCUCAGGAAACCAGCUCUUGUUUACUUCUCCACAUCUUGCAACCCAGCAAGUGGAAAAACAGCCACCUGAGCUUUAGCAAGACUGGUGAGCAGAGGAAGGGGUCCAUAUAGCUGCCAGUUUCUAUUAUUGCUUUAAUCUUCCUUCAGACAAUAAUUUUCAGAGACUUCAUGAAGAAAAAUAAAGGAAUGACUGACAUCCAUCCCUCAGUCAACAACACAUUAUGCUAGCAAACCACAUUUCCAGCAAACAAGCACAUAAACAUGAAAAACAAUUUUAUUGUUUAUUUCUGUACAGUAUAUCACUCUGGAUACUUGAUGUUACAUAGCUUGGGGUCUGUGAUAAAUUGUGGGUUCUUAAACAUAACUGGCAUAAAUCCUGUUUGAAAAAAAGAUGGAGGUGUUCUUAGUAGAAAAGUAGUCUUGAGUUAGAAAAUUCAAAAGCAAAAUCAUACUUACCAAAUACAUGAGCUCUUUUAAUGGCUUUUGUAAUUUCCUUCUGCUUCUUGUUGCACAAGCCUAAAGAGAUGAAUUAUUUUCAACACUAAGCAAGUCAUGAGAGCGUGAAAGGCAUGUUACUGACAAUUCCCUCUAACUUUGAUUAAGUCCCUCUAGAAAAAUGCGUGGGUGCUUUUACUGUUAAAUAAAAAAUACAUACAAUUAAAGGAUAUUUUAAUUCUUUGA